CUCCUCUCAGACCCUUAGCCAUAGAAGCAACAGCCUCUGAGUCUGUAGAGGAGACACAAAGCUGAUCCAGCACUUGCUAAAUCCCUUGGGUCGACAUGGCGGGGAAAGCGCACAGACUCAGCGGAGAGGAGAGAGAUCAGCUGCUGCCUAACCUGAGAGCAGUGGGCUGGAAUGAGUUGGAUGGACGAGAUGCUAUCUGCAAAGAAUUUCAUUUUAAGGAUUUUAACAGGGCAUUUGGGUUUAUGACCAGGGUGGCACUACAAGCUGAGAAACUAGAUCAUCAUCCGGAGUGGUUCAAUGUCUACAACAAGGUCCACAUAACUCUGAGCACUCAUGAAUGUGGCGGCCUGUCGGAAAGAGAUAUUAACUUGGCAAGUUUUAUUGAACAAGUCGCAGCUACGCUCUCUUAAAUCAAGGAGUGCCAGAAAUGCCAAAAUCUUGUUUUCAAAUCAUACAAUGUCUUAUGGUUGCCGAGUUUACGCUCAUUUCAGGAAUUAGAAAGGAGACACUGAAAAGUCAAUUCAUUUUCUGGGAUUUUAGUUUAGCCAAUACUGUGACUCAAUAUCAGAAACAAAGGAAUUAUUUAGGUGUCUAGAAACCCAAACCAUCUGACUGUUAUUAAAGGGAUAUGAAACCCAAAAAUGUUCUUUUGUGACUCAGACAGAGCAUAACAUUUUAAAGAGUUAAAAAUUUGCUUUAUUCCCAUGGUAUUCUAUUUUGAAGAGAUACCUAGGUAGACAUCUGGAAUACUACAUGGCAGAAAAUAGUGCUGCUAUAUAGUGCUAUAGCAAAUGGAUAAUAUUCUUGCAAAACUGCUGCCAUAUAGUGCCCCAGAAAUGGGCCGGCCCCUAAGUGUAGGUCCCUGCUUUUCAACAAAAGAUAGCAAGAGAAUGAAGAAAAAAUGAUAAUUUAAAUAGUUUUUUUUUUAAAGAAAAAAAAUUGGGUUUAAUAUCCCUUUAAAGCUAUUUCCAUUUGAGAUCUGUUUUUAUAUAAUCAUGUUUAAUCCUACUGUUAUUAUUUGACCAAAUUGGUAUUUAGUAAUAACCCACUAGCAGUAUUUUUUUAUAUAUUUGUUGCAUGCAAGAUAAAAUAUAUAUAUAUAUGUCACAUUUUAAUAUUAUGUCCUUUGUGGUGAAUGUGUAUUUUAUUAAACAGACGUCUCAUUAAUUGCACAUAUUAGCUUUAUUAAUUUAUAAGAUUUUAUACAAUUUUCCUAGAAAACUAAAAGUAUAAAAUAUUUACACUUAAGCAAUAAUAGGCAAUUUAUUACAAUUAUAUUUUGUAGCUUUACAGUACUGUCAUUUUUACAGGGACAUAAAAUUAGUGUUCAUUAUUUGUUAGGGAAGGAUAUGCCACAUAUGGAUGCGGUCUGAGGCAAUUGUCUCUUUUAAAUGCUGGAUUUAUUAGAAUAUUUAACACAUGAAUAUCCGAUUUGCACACAUUUGUGCAUUGCACUUCUUUCCUAAUAAAAUAUGGUGUUGGGAAGAGCCAAAUGCCUUACACCGCAGCCAUAUUCUGCAUUUGUUUCCCUAAUGAAUACUGAAGAUAUGCACCACUAUCUCCCCAUCACCCCAAGUCCGCUGCCAAGGAGUUACACUUGACUCCAACCUGUCCUUCAUACCACACAUCCAAUUGCUCUCUUCAUCCUGUUGCAACCACCUAAGCAAUAUCUCCAAAAUUAAUCUGUUUCUGAGUGCUGAAACUACUAAACAGCUAAUCCACUCUGUGGUAAUGUUUUGACUUGACUACUGUAAUAACCUACUAACUGACCUCCCUCUCUCCCCUCUUCAAUCCAUCCUAAAUGCCUCUGCUAGGAUAAUCCACCUCUCCCGACGCUCUGUAUCUGCUGCACUUCUCUGCAAGUCACUUCACUGGCUCCCCAUCCACAGCAGAAUUAAAUUUAAAAUUCUCACCCUGACCUACAAAGCCCUUACCAGCACAGCCCCCCCCCACCUCUCCUCACUCAUCAACAAAUAUACUCCAGCCCACCCCCUAAGAUCCAACAAUGACCUGCUCCUUGCAUUUUCUACCAUCACCUCCUCCCAUGCUAGACUACAGGACUUCUCUUGUGCGGCACCAACCAUCUGGAACGCAUUUCCUCGAGCUGUCAGACUUUCCCCUAACCUUUCCUCCUUUAAAUGCUCCCUGAAGACCUUUUUGUUCAGGGAAGACUAUCUCCAAAUCAGUAACAAAUGAAUUCCACUUGCCUAAUAGCUGCCCUCAUCUAACUCCACACUAACAUCAUUCUCACCCUCACCUACAAAGUCCUUACCAACGCAGCUCCCCCCUACCUGUCCUCACUCAUCAACAAAUAUACUCCAGCCCAACCCCUAAGAUCCAUCAAUGACCUGCUCCUUGCAUUUUCUACCAUCACCUCCUCCCAUGCUAGACUACAGGACUUCUCUCAUGCGGCACCAACCAUCUGGAACGCACUUCCUCGAGCUGUCAGACUUUCCCCUAACCUUUCCUCCUUUAAACGCUCCCUAAAGACCUUUUUUCAGGGAAGCCUAUCUCCAAAUCAGUAACAAAUGAAUGCCACUUGCCUAAUAGCUGCCCUCAUCUAACUCCACACUAACAUCAUUCUCACCUUUGCAGUCCCCACCUCCUGUUUCUCACCCUCCUUCCCAUCUAGAUUUUAAGUUCCCACGGGAACAGGGCCCUCAAUUCCCCCUGUAUAUGUUUGUUAAACUUUGUCUGGUGUCUUUCAUAUCGUAUUGUACUUUUAUUUUUGUACCCAUGGACACCGCUGCGGAAUCUGUUGGCGCUUUAUAAAUAAAUAAUAAUAAUGCCUAAAAAUGAGUAACCUGAAAGGUGAGCAUGCAACCGCUACUAAUUCGCCUUUAUCUUUUUUAAGGGGGUAGCAUGUGAUAUGCCUGCAAUUUUAGGCAAAUUAUAGAUAUGUAGAAGCCACUGUUGACAUGGCCAGGGGACCAUUAGUUCAUUAGUUUAAAGGAACAGUAAACAUUUAAACUACUUAGCAAAAUGAUUUCAUUAUUUAUUUUGCUCUCUCCAUGCUUCCUGUAAUUAGAGAUGUUGUACUGUAAAAUGUUACCAAUUUUUAAUUUUACCUGCUGGAGUGCAUUAAAUUACUUACAAUAA